AUGCUGGGGCUCAAGAUGAUGGCGCAGCCUCAGGUGCGCCCGGGUGCUACUGCCACGCAGCUGCCGCUGCCCCCGGGCCUCGUGGCGGAGGCCUCCAGCGCGCGCCGCCGCGCCCCGCCUGCCGCCGUCAAGGUGGAGGUCGGCAAGGGCGCCGCGGACGCGCACGACGGAAGCGGCAGCAGCACCGGCCCCGGGACGCCGCGCCGGGGGCCUUCCGUCAGCUGCUCGACGAGCGACGGGUCGGGCAGCGAGGGGCAGGGCCAGGGGCCGUGGGCCGCGAAGCCGAGGAGGGCCCCCGGCUGCGGCAAGGGCGCUGGCGGCAAGGGCGCGAGCCAAGGCGCGGCCAGGGGCGCGGCCAAGGCCGCGGCCAGGGGCGCGGCCAAGGGCGCGGCCAGGCCGCAGAACCUCGGGAAGGCUCGCGCGCCCGCCGCGGCCCCGCCCGGGCUGAACGCCCCCGCGGCCUUGGCCCAGCAGGCGGCCCAGUGCUACCAGCAGGCGCAGCCGCCGAAGCCGCAGCAGCAGCACCCGGGCUUGCACCAGCAGCAGCAGCAGCAGCAGCAGCAGCAGCCAGUGCGCCCGAACUUCCUGGCCCCGCCAGGCCUCGCUGGCUUCCAGGCCGCGGCCCCGCCGCCGCCCCGCCACGGCGGCAGCCCCUACGUCCCCGGCAGCGCAUUGCUGCAGGCCGCCUCGCUGCAGGACGACACCCGGUUCCACCGGCAGCCGGCAUGCAUGACCUUCUGA